CCGCUUGACUUUCUUUUGCGUCGGAGACCGAGAAAGACGUAUAAAUACCCGCUCCUUCUUUGUCAAGUGACUUAUUCUCAUUUACUUUUUAGUUGAUUAACAAUGACUGAACGUGAUGCUGCCAGCAACCAGCUCAAGAAUUUUGGGGAAUCGAAAAAGAAUGAAGCUAAAGCUAGUGUAACAACUAGUGCAGGAGCUCCGAUUGGAUUCAAAACUGCUAGCCUUACUGCUGGGCCUCGUGGACCCAUGCUGCUUCAGGAUCAUGUCUACAUCGAUGAAACGGCCCACUUCGACCGAGAACGAAUUCCAGAACGAGUUGUUCACGCGAAAGGCUCAGGUGCAUUUGGCUAUUUUGAAGUAACACAUGACAUCACCAAGUACUGUAAGGCAGCUGUUUUCUCCCAAGUCGGCAAAAAGACACCGGUAGCUGUUCGAUUUUCUACAGUUGGUGGAGAAAGCGGGUCAGCUGACACUGCACGCGAUCCUCGUGGAUUCGCUGUCAAAUUCUAUACUGAAGAAGGCAAUUGGGAUCUCGUUGGAAAUAACACACCAAUUUUCUUCAUUCGUGAUCCCAUCCUCUUCCCUAGCUUCAUCCAUACCCAAAAACGCAACCCAGUCACCCAUCUGAAAGACCCCGACAUGUUUUGGGAUUUCAUUACCCUGCGUCCGGAGACAACUCAUCAAGUUUGUUUCUUGUUUUCCGAUCGUGGAACCCCAGAUGGCUAUCGCUUCAUGAACGGUUACGGAUCACACACUUUCAAAAUGGUUAAUGCUGAAGGCAAACCUGUCUACUGCAAAUUCCACUUCAAGUGCGACCAAGGAAUUCGCAAUCUUAGUGCAGACAAAGCGCAUCAACUUACUGCCGAUGACCCUGAUUACGCCACCCGCGAUUUAUAUAACGCCAUUGUCAAGAAGGAAUUUCCCUCCUGGUCACUUAAGAUUCAAGUGAUGACCUUUGAGCAAGCCGAGAAGUUCAAAUGGAAUCCGUUCGAUUUGACCAAAACCUGGCCGCAAGGGGAGUUUCCACUGAUCCCAGUCGGCCGUAUGGUCCUGGAUCGCAACCCCAAAGACUAUUUCGCCGAAGUCGAACAGAUUGCAUUCAGCCCAGCUCAUAUGGUUCCGGGUAUUGAGGCGAGCCCCGAUAAAAUGCUUCAGGGGCGUCUUUUCUCCUACACCGAUACCCAUCGCCAUCGCCUUGGAACGAACUACCUUCAUUUACCUGUGAACUGCCCAUACCGUGCCAAAGCUUUACACUACCAACGUGAUGGACCCAUGACGUUCAAUACGGACUAUGCCGGCUAUCCGAAUUACUUCCCGAACAGCUUCUCCGGACCAGACAAUGCUCCAACAGCCGUGGAAUCGAAAUUUGAGGUUUCUGGUGAUGUUGCCCGUUAUAACACUGCCGAUGAUGAUAACUUCACUCAAGUCAACACAUACUGGACCAAAGUGCUUGAUGAGGGAGCUCGUACACGCCUGGUUCAAAACAUCGCAGGGCAUCUAAAGAACGCGCAGCCUUUCCUUCAGGAUCGCGCAGUGAAGAACUUUACUCAAGUGAACAGUGAUUUUGGACGACGUCUACGUGCAGCUCUUGACAAGCACAUUUCUUCCAGUUUGUAAUGAUAUUUUUUCGUGGGGAAAAGGUAUUGGCUGAUUCCUGAAAUUUUCCGGCUGGAAUGUUAGCAUUCGUAGAAAUUCAGCAUUACAAUUUUCUAGUGGUAGCUAUUCGCAAUGCCAGUCAUUCUAACAAAGAUAAGGGAUUUCACAUUUGGUACAAUACAUGAUAUACUUUUA